UGCACACAGCCUCUCUCUCCAGUUCUCGUCUUUUCACUCUUCUCCCAUCCUGCAUGGCCCAGCUCUCCAUCUCGCCUUGUCACCACUUUCCUCGCUCCUCCUCACAGACCCAUAUGGCUCAUUGCAGAUCCAUCCUUCCUAGACCUCGUCGAUCCGUCCCUCUCAUCUCCAUUCUCCAGUUCUCCUCUCAUUCUAAAAUUCGAAAUCCCUCAGAGUCUCGUGAUUGCAUGUAUCGCGUCUCAUGAUUGUCAGCAUCGCACGUCUCACUUUGGAGCCCAAAGCAUCGUCGCACCACUGUAAGCCACCGGUUCGGUAGCUGUUGCUCAGAACAUUGAUGCUUACCUCCAUGCUAUCAGAGACCCAUUUCUUGUGAAUCUAGUGGCAAAUAUUGUUCAGUAUUCACUCUUCAAUGAUUGAUUGAGUUCUGUGAUUGAUUGAGUUUUUGGGUUGUUUUAUUGCAAAAUGCAAUUGAGUGUUGUUCUCAUUUCUGUGAUUGUUUGAGUGUUGCAAAUUUUAAUUGAAGCUGAACUUUUUGCAUUUUGUGAUUUUGUGGCUUGUGUGCAGCUCGUCUGUGUUUGUUUCAAUUUCUUUGCUUCCUGAGAACUCUACUUUCAAUUUCUUUCCAUUUUGAGACUCUGCUUUCAAUUUUUGUUCAACUGGUUUUGAAUCACGCAUUUAUUUAGUCGUUACAUUCUGAAACCGAUUAACCGAACCGUUCGGUUCGAUUCGGUCCAUGUAGUACUUCCUAACCGAACCGACCAAUUAUAGUUCAAUUUAAAGCCUGGUGCGAAUCGUGGCUGAGGGGACUUAUCUUUAUUUUACUGACUGCAGGUGGGGGACAACAAGUCAACGAUCUUCUCAGCCGCAGUUUUAUUCAGUUUAAUUAAAUUUCCCUUGUUUUCUCUUCUUUUCCUCAGCAAGAGAAAAAGAAAAGCAGGAUAGGGAUUUAUGGAUAUGAGAUGCAGAGUGUCAUCGUCUUCAUCACCGUCGAAGAAGUCUCCGUUUGGAUCAAAUUUGGGUUUUGCCUUUCUAUCUCAUCCGUUCGAUCGAUUGGCGUCUUGGUUACGUUUUUAUCUUCCUGAAUAGUUUCAAUUUAAUAUAAUCCCAGUCUCUUUCCGAUUAAGAUUGAGUUUUUGUUAGCUGUGGAAUGGAAGUUUUAGGUCUUUUUACCUAUUAUCAUUACCUGAACAAUUCCAGGUGGUGCUAAGGCUUUUCAUUGAAGGAAGGGCAUGCUUUGAGACAACAUGAAUGCUAAUGCGAGCCUGCCCUCUGCCAAAAAGUCACAGUCGAGAGGUAAGUCCCCAGGUUGGGCUGCCUUUGACCUCAAGCAGCGUCAGAAACAAGGUCUUCAACUUCAACAAGUCGGCAAUGAUCCUUUUCCACCCCUGCCAACCACUAGCACCACGUCUCUUCAUCCAAGUGGAAACCUACUGAACAAUAAUGGUUUUUCUUCAGGGUCUUUCGCAUCUGUAUUACUACCUUCUGCUGAUUUUCCACCAAUAACAGAGAAUGGUAAUUGCAAUAAAAGAACAUCAGUUAGUGAUUCUGGUUUAGUUGAGGUUCUUGAGGAGAAGAAUCCUGAUCUUACAUUCAAACAUCUCAAAGAACUUCACAGCUGGGCUGACGAAAGUUUGAUCGAGGAUGUCAUGGCCAAUGUGAAUAAUGAUAUUGAUAAGGCCACAAUUUUGUUAGAAGAGAUGAUUUCUACCGACAACUCUGAGGAGAAUGGAGAAGCAAAAUAUUUAUCUAAUUGCAAAGAUUUUGGAUGUGACAAAGGGGAAAACGAGAUUGCUUUGUUAGGACAGACCUCAGACCUUGCUGCAGACAUAGCUGAUCUAAGCUCUACUCUGGAGAAUGCUCUCAAAGAUAAUCACAAACAAUUGAAGGAUGUGCGUACAGCUUGUGGACAUAAGCUCUCCGAGGCUGCUGCUGCAAACAUGAAACUAAUUCUGGGGCACUUGAGAUCUUUACCUGUCGAGCCUGAGUGGGAAGAGCAUGAUGUUUACUUGAGCCAUCGAGGAACUGCACUAAGGAUGAUGAGGUUGGCAGCUCGGCACUCCAGGGCAGCCACUAAUGCCUUUCUGAGAGGAGAUCAUUUUUCUGCCCAACAGCACUCAUUGAAGGCUCGUAAAGAAUGGUUGGAUGCUGAAAGACUCAAUGCUAAGGCAGCUAAGGAAAUUUUGAGUAUAAGAAAUAGUGAAAAUAAUCCAUUGAAGUUGGAUUUGCAUGGUCUUCAUGCAGCAGAGGCUGUUAAAGCCUUGCAAGAACAUCUGAACAAAAUUGAGAUCCUCCUAAAGUAUCGACCAGUAUCACCAGGUAGAUUCAAGACAAAGAAUGGUAUUGUGAAUUCAUCACUUGAGCCCUUUAUUAGCACAGGCGUGGAGAACUUGGAUAAACAACAAAUAGGAUUUAGGCAGAGAACAACAUCAUUACAAGUAAUUACAGGUGUAGGUAAUCACAGUCGAGGUCAAGCUGCACUCCCAACAGCAGUGAGAAGUUUCCUUAGUGAAAACAGAUAUCACUUUGAUGAAGCAAGGCCAGGUGUAAUUUCUGUUCGCCCAAAAUUCCGUCACAGGUGAACGGUUAGUUAACUUGUGGAUGUGCAGAAUCACAUCCUUGCAUCCUGAUUUAUAGUUAGUUUUAUUUAUGUCAAAAGAUCUCAUUGUAUUAUUGAAUGUAUCUUUUUGUGUUGUUAAUCUGAGAAUAGUUGCUCGAAAUGGAGUUGCUAUUCUAAA